CCGCUUCCGCCCAGCCAGCAGCUUCGCGCGCUCCUAAUUCCGAGCGUCGCGUCCAGAGCUGGUCCCCGACGGCUCAGCGCAGGGGCCCCACACCACCGCCCGGCUGCCCCGGCUUCGCGGGUGACCUCCCUCGGGGCUGAUCAUUAACCCGGAGGCCGUAUAAAGAGCGAGCAGUGGCCUGGGUGGGAAAGGCCUCGUCGCCGCCUCGUCGCCGCCGCCAUGGACAGUAGCACCUGGAGCCCCGCGACCACGGCCACCGCCGCGCCCCUCGCGCCCCACGAGCGCAUCCGCAAUGCAGCCGACAUCUCUGUCAUCGUCAUCUACUUCGUGGUGGUGAUGGCUGUCGGGCUGUGGGCUAUGUUUUCCACUAAUCGUGGGACUGUUGGAGGAUUCUUCCUGGCAGGACGAAGUAUGGUGUGGUGGCCGAUUGGAGCUUCUCUCUUCGCCAGUAACAUUGGAAGUGGCCACUUUGUGGGGCUGGCAGGGACCGGAGCAGCUGCAGGCAUUGCCACUGGUGGCUUUGAAUGGAACGCCCUGAUUUUGGUGGUUGUCCUGGGAUGGGUGUUUGUCCCCAUUUACAUUAAGGCUGGGGUGGUGACAAUGCCAGAGUACCUAAGGAAGCGAUUUGGAGGCAAGCGGAUCCAGGUCUACCUCUCUAUUCUGUCCCUGUUGCUCUACAUUUUCACCAAGAUCUCGGCAGACAUCUUCUCCGGGGCCAUAUUCAUCAACUUGGCCUUGGGCCUGGAUCUGUACCUGGCCAUCUUUCUCUUAUUGGCAAUCACUGGCAUUUACACAAUCACAGGGGGCCUGGCAGCUGUGAUUUACACGGACACCUUGCAGACGGCGAUCAUGCUGGUGGGGUCUUUUAUCCUGACCGGGUUCGCUUUUCACGAAGUGGGAGGAUAUGAAGCCUUCAUGAACAAGUACAUGAAAGCCAUUCCAACCAUGGUUUCUGACGGAAACAUCACCAUCAGGGAAGAAUGCUACACCCCAAGGGCCGACUCCUUCCACAUCUUCCGAGAUCCCCUCAAGGGAGACCUGCCAUGGCCUGGACUCAUCUUUGGGCUGUCCAUCCUUGCCCUGUGGUACUGGUGCACAGAUCAGGUCAUUGUGCAGCGCUGCCUCUCAGCCAAAAACAUGUCUCAUGUGAAGGCUGGCUGCGUGAUGUGUGGGUACCUGAAGCUACUGCCCAUGUUCCUUAUGGUGAUGCCAGGAAUGAUCAGCCGCAUCCUGUACACAGAAAAAAUUGCCUGCGUCCUCCCCUCAGAGUGUGAGAAAUAUUGCGGCACCAAGGUUGGCUGUACCAACAUCGCCUACCCCACCCUGGUGGUGGAGCUCAUGCCCAAUGGACUGCGAGGUCUGAUGCUGUCAGUCAUGUUGGCCUCCCUCAUGAGCUCCCUGACCUCCAUCUUUAACAGUGCCAGCACCCUCUUCACCAUGGACAUCUACACCAAGAUCCGGAGGAGAGCAACCGAGAAAGAGCUCAUGAUUGCAGGAAGAUUGUUCAUCCUGGUGUUGAUUGGCAUCAGCAUUGCCUGGGUGCCCGUUGUGCAGUCAGCACAAAGUGGGCAGCUCUUCGAUUACAUCCAGUCCAUCACCAGUUACUUGGGACCACCCAUCGCAGCUGUCUUCCUGCUUGCUAUUUUCUGCAAGAGAGUCAAUGAGCAGGGAGCCUUCUGGGGACUGAUCAUAGGAUUUCUGAUCGGGGUGUCCCGUAUGAUUGCUGAGUUUGCUUAUGGAACCGGGAGCUGCAUGGAGCCCAGCAACUGCCCAACGAUUAUCUGUGGUGUGCACUAUCUGUACUUUGCCAUUAUCCUUUUUGUCAUUUCUAUCAUCAUCAUUGUGGUCAUCUCCCUCUUCACUAAGCCCAUUCCAGAUGUGCAUCUCUACCGCCUGUGUUGGAGCCUGCGCAACAGCAAAGAGGAACGUGUUGACCUAGAUGCAGGAGAAGAGGACAUCCAUGAAGCCCCAGAGGAGACCAUUGAAAUAGAAGCUCCUGAGGAGAAAAAAGGAUGCUUCAGGAAGGCCUAUGACCUGUUUUGUGGCUUGGACCAGCAGAAGGGUCCCAAAAUGACAAAGGAAGAGGAGGCAGCCAUGAAGCUGAAGAUGACAGACACCUCUGAGAAGCCUUUAUGGAGGACAAUAGUGAACAUCAAUGGCAUCAUCCUGCUGGCUGUGGCUGUCUUCUGCCACGCUUUUUUUGCCUGAGUCCUGCCUUUUGGUGCAGACUGUGCUCAUAAAGGCCAGACUCUUUACUCCGCCUCCCUUUAGUCCCAUUCUGUGGUGUAGAAGGGAAACCAACCAGUUGUAAAUUUUGCCCAGUUGAUAAAUGUGUACGUGUGUAAUUACAGUCUAGCUGGAGGAAAAUCAUUCAUUUGUUGUUAACUUAUGUAUUUGAGGCCAGUGUGACACAGUCAACUGUACAUAUUAGAGCUUCAGAAGAAUAGUCUACUCAUUCAUGAAAGGGCAGACUACGAAACAGAAGCCUCAUGAUGUCUGAUGUCAGUUUGUAGAUUCAGCGUGUUAACAUUGUGACUCUUGAAUAUUAUUUUGAGUUGUGGUCUUCUUGGUUCUGGUCACUUUCCCUAUCUGAUCUGCCUCAUCUUUUUUUUUUUUAAAGAAAAAAUUUCACCCAAUCAUCUUAUCCCUGUCAAGUUAUUCCUGGCAAAGAAAAAAUCAUUCUGAUAAACUGAUGAACACAUUGAAGCUGAGGAUGGGAGUUUGUUGGAGUCCCUGCCCUGGGUAUUAGCUCUUUGAAGGAGAGGUCUGGGAAUAUCAAUGCUUACCCCAAAGGUAGGGACCGAGGCACCAGCCUCAGGCCAGUGGGGAAAACAGAUAAUCUAGAGUCAAGGGGAUUUUCUGGUCUUUGUAAAAAUGUUCUUUGGGGGUUCCUUGUGUUUGGGAUUUCACUCGUUUUAUCAUUUUCUGUACCUAGAAUGUCUAAGCCAUUUAGCUAUGUUUGUGAACUGAAUGAAUGAUAUAGCAUUUAUUUAUAAACACUUGCUUUAUUUUUAUGUAAAUCUGGCCCUUGACUAACCUUUUCUUGUAGUGACACAAAGUACACACCCUGGUGACUAUUAUUAAUUACAAAUGUUUCCAGAUGUCACUCUUCCUCAUGGUGUGGAUGUUGACAUACAGGUUUAGAAGCUGAUUCUAUGUCACAUCAUACAGCAAAUGUGCCUCAUGGGGGGCAUCUGUCGUCUCAACGCAGCUGUGCUCUCCUGAAACACUAACACAAUUAGCCUGAGAUGCUCCUCUCCAUGAAUUCAUGUGACCACUGCCCUUCCUCUUCUCAGGUGUCUAGAUUUGUGAUCAUCCAUUGACCAAGGUCAGCGUCAGUGGUUUCUGUUCCUGGUGGUAAUGCUCAAGAGAAGUAGAUUAGCCAAGAGAAGUAGAUUUCUUGUUAAACCUGUUUGUUUCCUAGGGAUAAUUUUUUAAAAUUUAACUUAAUUAGUUAAAUUUAACUCUUUUUAAUUCCACCUGUGAAAUCCCAAUUAUAUUGUAAUAUAAUCUUAUGGAAGUGAAGAAAAAGUCACAAUGUUAAUAUUGACUGAUUUCAGGCUAGCUUAGAAAAGAGCUGGGACCUGAGGUUCAAUGGAGCUGAGAGUAGUUCCUGGGUGGAAAAAUGGUUCAACAGGUGAAGGAAUGGCUUGUUCUUGUGGAAGGAAGGAAACCCAGAGAACACUAUUUGAUGUGCCCUCAUAGUCCCCUUCAGGUAGGCAGAGAAGAGGGGAAAGUGGAGAAUUUCACAUGGCUAGCAUUACUCAGCCUACUCAGUUUUAUGUAGAGUUAGUGGUAUUUUUGAGCUUUAAGAGGAUAAAGGCAGGGUAUUGGAAGCUGGUGGAAAGAGUGGGCACAAAGUAUCUAGAUCAUUUUGGAUUCUGUUUCUGCUUAGCCAGAUUCACUUUUUAUAUUAUGGUAAAUUAUUGUGUCUCAACUGUGUAUUUUUCUCUUUGAAAAAUGGGGACGUUGGUGCUUAUAGCAUCUACUUACCUCCUCUGAGUGUGACAGGUCACUUUAUAAAGGGGAUGGUAGAUAGAUACAUGAUAGGUGCCAUACAGAUGUUAUAUUAAGCUUAAUUUAGUCCCAUACAUUAAAAUGUAUUACUUUGAUAAAA